GUGUUCGAAAUGUAUAAGUAUACCUCGCUGACCCUGAGCACCGUUGUGAUGAAAUGUUUCAAAUGGUAUAAAGUGUGGUUUUUUAUUUUUUUUUCACUUUUUGGUUUUUUUAUAAAAAAAAUAAUCACUUUAUGCUUAAACCUAAGUGGAAAAAAACGAAAUAAAUAUUCCUAGAAACUUAGAAUUUUUAAAAUUUUAUUUUUUUGUGUUUUACACCGCACGCUCCUGACUAUACUGAUAUUUUUCCAGUAUUCUCACACAACAUCGAAUUUGACAUUUGGGGUUUUGUGGGGCAUGGAUUGCUUGCUCAAUAUUUACUUCGGGACUUCGGGACUUGGGGGCAAUAUUUUAUUCUCCUGGGCAGUAGGCUGUGCUUGUUCACUCCGAUCAAACACGAAUCAGUCUUCAUGAUGGCCCAUUCGAUCAGCUAAUGUCGGCAUCCGUUCCUGGAUGUGGUCGGUAAUCUUUUAGCACGAAUAAGAGUUAUGGAAAAAGUGGCAUUGCGACAGUGCGUAUCAUACGAAUCAGUGUCCUGGGAUGGAGGCGACGCGACGCGACGCUGCUGGGCCAUUGUCCGGCUGCUAAUUUAUCGGGAUAAUUGCCAAAUGACCAAAUGGGGAGGGGAGUGGUGGAAGGAGCAGAGCCAAGACCAGGAGCAGGAGCAGGAGCACGACUGGUCGUGGGCCAGUAAAGUGAUCUUUGGGUGCCCAUAUUGUACUCAUAUGAGCCGAACAAGCGAAGCGAAAAUCGUAUGGAGGCCAAACUUAAUUAAAUGGUUUCUAAAUGGAUUUAAUUAUCAGCUUAAAUUUCAAAGAGGAGGCGUCCUCUUUAUACUUCUGAGAACUGUUCAGAGAUUGCUCCAUAACUGA